AUGCCGCCUGUGGCCAUGGGCAGCAGUGUGCCCCCCGUGGACCGCAUCAGUUCCCAUUCAAAUGAGACCAUCGAGGAGCGAUGUUUCCACGGCGUCCUGAUAUGCCUGGAGGGUCACUACUCUGAGUCGCCCCUCAUGGGCCCCCAAACUUCGGUCAAGGUUACGAGCAUGGUCGCCAAGACUCUAGAGAAAACCCAUACGUACAAGGACGUCCGCGAGGCUCUGUCCAAGAACGUGAGCAUAUGGAUGUAUCUCUGCAAGAUAUUUGCAUCCGCCAUCCCGACGUUGAGCAAGCGCUCCGUUGGGUCCAGCGCUCUUGACAAGGACAUGGACACCCGAGAAAGCACGGGUCUGAUCCUCAAGAACUAUGCCUUGUUGAAGGAAGACUUGCAGCUGCUUAACAAGCUGAUGCAUAUUGCCCGCAACCUGUUGGUCACCUCGGAACCUGAGGUCCCCCAGGACAUCUGCACCGCAGUUCAGUUUGACCAGAUGGUCUAUCAAACAAUCACCCUUUGCGUCAACGUCACCAGCAAGGGAUGUGAUGCCGAAGGGCUGGAUGACGUCUCGAAGCUAAGGCUAUCCGAGAUAACUGAACUCUCCAUCCAAGACAAAAAGUUGAUGGUCACUUCUCUCCAGCAGGCCCACAACUGGACAGCCAAAAACGACCGCAACAAGAUGUCAUUCUGGUAUCACGUUUUGUUCGAGGACGAUUCAACCGCCGACGACGAUGAGACGGAUUUCCGCAUUGAAGUGGCCAAAACUGAAGUGUGGCACUGGAUUGAGCGCAACGUCACAAUGUGUGAAAAAGCCCGUGCUCUUCUCAAGGACUAUCACGAGAAGCAAGCCCAUGCGCCGCCCGGGUUGCUGCCUCAGAUAGGCCCAUGGGCAUGCAACUGGCUAGAGGAUGAGGUAUACAAAGCCCGCGUCGUGCACCCACACCCUACCACCGAACCUGUCUGGAACGAGCAGGAGCCGGACAAGUUCGAGCAGGACAAGGCGUAUGGGCGUGUCUCACAUGAGAUAGACAUGUGGUGGACCAGAGCUCGAGACGAGAACUACUCGGAGUGGAGAGUCCCAAUGCCUUCUGUUGAGUUUGCCCAAAAGCGCGCCGAGGCUUGCAAGGUAAACCUCCUCAACCAGUACACCGCUUAUCGGGAGGGGGACUAUGAGGAUGACGACGAGGGCAGCUUUGAGUAUGCCGAGGUCGAGGGCGAAGAGGACCUCGAGCCCGAGGCUGAAGGUUCUAUCCACGACGGGCCCAGGGAUGACUCGCGCAGCCUCGUUCAGGGUUAUGUCGAGGACAUGAACGAAGAGGACGAGGAAGAGGAGGGUGAUGAGGGGGAUGACGACGCCGAAUCCUAUGGGGAUGGGCCGAUGACCGGCCUGCUCACUGAAAUCCCCAACAUUCUCGAUCCCAAGCAAAUCGAGGCGCUCCAUAUGAUUGUCAAAUCAUGCAUGGUAGACACGGUCAACAGUCUUGCCCCGUACGAAAACAGACAACGGACCAGGUGUCGCAUGUUCAUCGCUCUGGAGUGUGGCAAAAGCCUUCUUAGGGAGAUGCUGGUCUUCAUCGCCGUCUGGGAGAAGGAUGAGGCAUCUCUGAUCUUCCAGAUCACGACGCAAAUUGUCGAGGCUCUCCACCAUAAUGCCCUCCUUCCUUACACAUGGAAGGCCCUGCGCAUUCCAAAAGACAUCACUUCGCCUGCUCAGACGGUUCUCCUCCGUCUUAUCAAUCACAUGUACCGCACACAACCCAAAAACGCUCCGGCGCCCGAGUCCCCGGCCGAAAAGCACGUGGCUGACAACCGCAUUCGCCUCUUACACUUCCUCUUCAUCAACUUCCGCAGUCGAAUCGUGCCCGAGUGCCUCGCCCUCAUGGUUAUACAAGCGCACAUAAGAGAGCGCGAGAUCCACGAGGCCGAUUUCCCCGUGGACAACUGGGACAUGGAGAGAGCCAAGGACGGUUUGGCUCAGUUCCUUGACUUCCUCAUCACCGCCGCCGAAGACUACGAGCUUCGCACCAAACUGAUCGAGUGGGAUGCCACAUACGAGCUGGUAACACUUUUGAGGAACCUAGAGAGAGCCGUGGAAAAGAAGCCACUGGUUUCGAUGCCUGCCAUGGCCGGCCAUAGCCCCAAUACGACUGGCUCCGCCUCACCGGCAAUGCCUCAUCCCCCCCACGCCCAUGCCAACGGGGACGAUGAUCUUGAUGGCCACCCGCCGCCCCCCACCCCACCAGUUGUGCCUCCCGGCCAGGAAGCAGCAUACAAAUACCCAUGGCCUGAGGUCAAGUGUCAGGUACUUGCGCUGCUUGCAGCUCUUCUCCAGCCCCCUCCUGGCAAGACAACACCAGGAAACGAGAUUGUGCAGAAGAAGGUGGUUCAGUACAACGGCAUGCCCGCGCUCCUCAAUUCUAGUCUUUACGAUGACAACAACCGGUUUGCUCGCGAGAGAGUCCAGCUUUGCCUCAAGUGGCUUCUCGAUGGCGGCGUGGAAGCCAACCAAUUUGUCAACAAUCUGGUCAAGGUGAAAGAGGCUGAGGAUGGCGAGGCGAGGGCCAAAGCGGCAGCAAGCAAUCAAAGUGCUGCAGCUGCCUCUCCUCCACCACCAACUGCUGCCAAUGCAAAAUCUGCCCCGACGAAUAACGGCAAGCCCAAGCCCGGCGAGGUCACGACUGUGCGCAUCGAUGGCAUCGAGGGAGAGGUCAAAGUCAAAGUCCAAGCCUAUACGCCGCCUGCUGGAAAUGCCGCCAACGCUCCAAAGUCUGGAGAGGCAAAAGAUGCGCCAGAACUGGUCGCUGCUUCUUCUUCGACAGGUCUGCCUACUCGCUCAGCCCCGCAGCCUGCUGCUGCUGCUCCUGCCACAGCCGGGCCGCCAAGGCCUUCCAACGAUGCUGAUAGAGAAUACAUGAACAAGUUGAGCGAGGCCAUAGAAUCAUUAGUCCUCCCCGGCCUGCAGAGCAUAGGGGGAGCACAGGGACAGGUGGGGCAAGGAGCAGCAGCGGCAGCAGCAGCAGCAGCAGGCCUAUCAGUGCCGCUCCUCGGGCCGGGCGCCGACGCGCUCGCCGGGACGCCCGGCGCCGAGCAGGGGGCCGCAUUGCUCCUCGAAUCCAUGAUAGGCCUAUACCAGAUGGGUGCCCAGCAGCGCGGCAUCCAGGUCGAGGUCCCUGAGGAAUGGAGGCGGCUGCUGCGCGACGGCUGGGAGGCCAGGAUUCCCACCGUCUCCGAGUGGCUCAGGCAGCGCGUACUCGAAUUCGAGGCCAGAAUACCCGAGGAGUUUCUGAAGCGUGUCGAGGAGCAGCACGAGGCGAGGAGUCGGACCCCGCCUGGUGGCGGCGGCGCAAAGGACAGCGGGAACUAG